AUGGACAACCCCUCGACGACAAACAGCAAUAAAAACGAAACAGCCCAAGUCCCAUGGUACGCAGCGUAUCCUCCUCCCAGAAACGUAGCUCCCUCGCUCUCUCGCGAGGAGCUGCUCCAAUGGUUCCAAGACGAGAGAAAGCGCGUUGGCAAGGAUUUUGUCCUCGUUGAUCUGCGGAGGAGUGAUUUUGAGACAAUAAAUACUUCAGUCGGUGAGUACAUCGGAGGAACCAUCCACGGCUCAUUGAAUCUUCCUGCGCAGAGUCUGUACCUGGCCAUCCCCACCCUCUACUCGAUUCUCUCCCAGACGCAGGUUCGAGACGUUGUUUGGUAUUGUGGUAUUUUUUUUGCAGGCUCAUCACGUGGACGGGGUCCGCGAGCAGCAGGCUGGUUUGCGGAUUAUCUCGAAGAGCAAGGCAACACGUCUAUACGGAGUCUGGUGUUGGAGGGAGGGAUCAAGGGGUGGGUGAGUGCUGGAGAGGAAUAUACGCGGUCGAUGGAUGGCAUCCUACCUAUUAGACCUGACCUAGAAGGACUUAAUAUGUGGCAAAUGGACUAG